AUGCAGGAAAUGAGGGGGGCCGUUUCCAGAGUUGCCUGGCUCCCGCUGUCUGAUCAGUGGGCGGAUGACGGAAUGGCUGGGACGCCCUCUGUACAUUACCUGUUCAUGCAGCUGCGUGUCAGCGCGCUGAGUCCAGUGGACUACCAAGAGCCAGUCGGAUUUUCGGCCUCUGAUGGGUCAGCGAAUUGGGACAAGAAGAUUACCACGGCUUAA